GGCACCGCCUCAGUGAGGCCACAAAUCACGUGACCACCGAGGCCUAGCUUGAACCUGAUGAGCCCAACAAAACACGAGCGGAUGCAGCAGUCAUAACAGCAGACAGAGAGUCCCAGAGGUUUCAUUCUGCAGCACAAAUCACAUCAAAAUGAACAGCAGUACUCUUCAGGUCAAUGUGGAACACUGGAUUGCAGAAAAUCAGAAUGCUUUCCUGCCCCCAGUGUGCAACAAACUCAUGCACUUCUCCCAGCUGCUUGUCAUGUUUGUCGGAGGCCCUAACACCAGGAAGGAUUAUCACAUAGAGGAAGGGGAGGAGUUAUUCUACCAGGUGAAGGGGGACAUGUGUCUGAAGGUGAUUGAAAAUGGUAAACACAAGGAUGUACACAUCAAAGAGGGAGAGAUGUUUCUGCUGCCAGCUCGGAUCCCUCACUCCCCCCAGAGGCAGGCUAACACCGUGGGCUUGGUGAUGGAAAGGAGAAGACUGCUCACUGAAACCGACUGCCUGAGGUACUAUGUAGACAACACCACUGACAUCCUAUUUCAAAAAUGGUUCUACUGUCAGGAUCUAGGAACCCAGCUGGUGCCAAUAAUCAAGGAGUUCAUGGCAUCCAAGCAGUGCAAGACAGGAAAACCUGAUCCAAAUGAAGUCUUCAGGGAACCUCCUUUCCAGCUGAACACCAUGAACGUGAUGACGCCCUUCUCCUUCAAAGACUGGCUGGAAAAACAGAGGCCGUCUUUGGGGAAUGGCAGGCCCAUCGACAUGUUCGGAGCUCAGUUUGAGACUGAGGCGAUGGUGUUCGGACCUGGACUCACAGAGAUGACAACACCCCAAACUGAUGUGUGGGUUUGGCAGUUGGAGGGAUCUUCCACAGUGACUAUGAACGAGCAGGAGUUCAGUCUUCCUGCAGGAGACAGUUUGCUCAUUCCCGAGCAGAGCCAAUACCAGUGGCAGAGAGCUGAGGGGACUGUCGCCUUGGUUGUGAUCCAAAACCCAGAGAGGAAGAGACCUUAAGCAUCAACCGUCAAAUCACAGCUGCAUUGAAACAUAUGCUGGGAGGGGAGCACGUAUUCUUUAAAUGAGCUCGAACAACUGAAAGUGUUUCAUGUAUAAAACAAAUACAGUAAGUAGCAUAGACCAUUUAGUAAGGGUAAACAGUAUUAAUAAACAAUUACAAAAUGAUGCUAUAUUCUCGCAUUCAUCAAUCACUACAUGUAAUUUUAUGCGAGUAAAAUGCAUAAAUAAAAACAUCCUCAUGUCUGA